AUAUCCUCUACAUAUACUACGAGUAUCGUCACUCCCAACUCCCAAUUCUCGAAGCCACUCUUCAAGUAAUCGCAGCCUCGUACUAAUCUCUCCAUCUCUCUCUGUGAGCUAGUAUCAGAUCUGAACUAAUCCAUGGCUACGAUCCAGUCCGUGAAGGCACGUCAGAUCUUCGACAGCAGAGGCAAUCCAACCGUCGAGGUUGAUUUGUGUCUAUCAAAUGGUAAGAAGGAAAGAGCCGCUGUUCCAAGUGGUGCAUCCACUGGAGUUUAUGAAGCCCUUGAACUGAGAGACGGAGGGUCAGAAUACCUUGGAAAAGGUGUUUCUAAGGCUGUUCAUAAUGUUAACUCAAUUAUUGGCCCUGCUCUCAUUGGCAAGGACCCAACUGACCAGACUGGUAUUGAUAACUUCAUGGUCCAACAACUUGAUGGAACUCAAAAUGAGUGGGGCUGGUGCAAGCAAAAGCUGGGAGCAAAUGCCAUCUUGGCAGUGUCUCUUGCUGUAUGCAAAGCUGGUGCUAGUGUCCAGAAUAUUCCUCUUUACAAGCAUAUUGCCAACCUCGCCGGUAACAAGAAGUUGGUGUUGCCUGUGCCUGCUUUCAAUGUCAUCAAUGGUGGAUCACAUGCAGGAAACAAACUUGCUAUGCAGGAAUUUAUGAUUCUUCCUGUUGGAGCUUCCACUUUUAAGGAGGCCAUGAAGAUGGGUGUGGAAGUAUAUCACCACUUGAAGGCUGUGAUCAAGAAGAAAUAUGGGCAGGAUGCAACAAAUGUUGGUGAUGAAGGUGGCUUUGCUCCAAAUAUUCAGGAGAACAAAGAGGGCCUUGAGUUGCUUAAGACAGCAAUUGCUAAGGCUGGUUACACAGGCAAAGUUGUUAUUGGAAUGGAUGUUGCUGCAUCUGAAUUUUACGGAACAGACAAGACCUAUGAUCUGAACUUCAAAGAAGAGAAAAAUGAUGGAUCACAGAAGAUUUCGGGGGAUCAGCUUAAAGAUGUGUACAAGUCAUUUGUGUCAGAGUACCCGAUUGUGUCAAUUGAAGACCCAUUUGACCAAGAUGAUUGGGUGCAUUACGCCAAGCUAACUGGUGAAAUCGGUGAACAAGUACAAAUUGUGGGAGAUGAUCUAUUGGUCACCAAUCCCAAGAGAGUUGCGAAGGCAAUCAAGGAGAAAUCUUGCAAUGCGUUGCUUCUUAAGGUUAACCAAAUUGGAUCUGUAACUGAGAGCAUUGAGGCUGUUAAAAUGUCCAAGCAGGCUGGUUGGGGUGUGAUGGCCAGCCACCGCAGUGGAGAGACUGAGGACACUUUUAUUGCUGAUCUCUCUGUGGGCUUGGCCACGGGUCAAAUUAAGACUGGAGCUCCAUGCAGGUCGGAGCGUCUUGCAAAGUACAAUCAGCUCUUGCGAAUUGAAGAGGAACUUGGUUCGGAAGCAGUUUACGCUGGAGCAAGCUUCCGCGUGCCAGUUGAACCCUACUGAUGAACUGAUUCAGAGAUGUUCGUAAAGAAUCGAGUCUUUACUUGCAAGGAAUAAGCAUGGUCACUGGAGAUCAGAGGCCUUUCUCUAAUAAUCACUGUCAAAAAUUUUGUGCCAAGGUUUAAGAAUCCCGAACCGAAGGUUUUUGAAGGCAGAGUAUGUUUUCUAACCUAAGAAUCGAUGGAUAUGUUUUUAUCUUAUCAGGAAAUGGGAUGUUUGUUAUUACAAACUUUUUAGUGAUUUUGGUUUUGUGGAAGUUUGAGAAGUCUGUUUUAGGUUCCAGUGUUUGAUGGCAGCUAUAGGAGUAAGUAUUCUCUCUUCAAUCUCUCUUUUCAUACUGAUGAGUGGGCCAUUAUUUUUUCAUAGUACUUGCGCCAUGUUUCCUUAUCUCCUGAAAUUUGGCUUUAUUAUACAUGGCCACGGAAGAUCAAAAACUUUGAACAUGUUUGUUCCAUGUGACAUCCCUAUCAACGACUUCUAU